AUGUCGAGUUAUUUCUUUCAACGUAUUAAAAAUGUGGCAACAUCUGCAAAUAGUAAUACCAUGGUACCUCGAUAUAUGCAGCAAAGAGAAACCACAAAUGGUGAAACAACGAAAAAGCCCGAAGUAGUCCUAGAAUUAAGUGACGAUGAGCUAUUAACUAGUGUAUUAAAAUUUGAACAAACACCAGAAUUUAAACAAAUAGUCAAAGUCGAAGAACAAGCAAAGAAAACGGAAGAACCUAAAAAUAACGCUUCUAAUAUACAUCCAUUUUUUAAACGACAAAAUUCUUCUACGAGCAGAAGCGUAUCACCACCCAGACCAAUACACAAUGCAGCAAGUAGUACUGCGUUUCUUCAGUCAACCAAACGACCAAAAUCAGAAAUUCCAACUUCUUUACCUCCUUCCAAGAAACGUCCAAUUAGCAAUAGUGAUGAGGAAGAUAUCGUUGCAUUAGAUGCUCCAACGUCCUCAUCCUCAUCGACACCAUUGAUUGUACGACCACCGGUGAAGAAAUUACCAAAUAGUAAACCUGAUUUUCAGACAUUUGCUCCCAAAAAUGAAUCAGUCAGCGACAGAACUAAAGCAGUUUUGAGAACUUUCCGCGCUCGUCGAGAACGUGGGGAAAAUGUGGCGUUGACACAAAUAGUUGCCUCAGAACAAUUGAGAUUACGUGAACAAUUAAUGCGUAAACCAAAGCCACCAUCAACGUCAGUCGUUGAAAAACCAAAAAAGCCCGAUGUUCCAGUGAAACGAAAAGCGAAUGAACUUGAUUCGUCUGCAUCAAAAAAAGUUCGCACAACUGAAAAGGCACCAAAAAACGCUUUCGAAAAGCUCAUGCAAGAAAUGACUGAUACAAUGACACGUGUAACGUUAACUAAUACAACAACAACAAAUACCACGACUAUAAGUCCAUCAUCGUCAUCAUCACAUCCAUUAGUCGAUCUAACCGUUGUAAAAUCUUCUUCAUCAUCGAUAUCCAGUACUGUUCCACUUCAAUCAACAACCAACAAAGAGAAAAGGUCAAAACCAAGAAAAAUACACAACUAUGAUGAUUAUCUCAUCUAUAUUCUCAAAUGGCCAGUUUCGUUGAUUGAUGAAAUAGAAAUCGAAUCGAAUAUUCUGUACAAAGAUUUUCUUGGUGAAAAUGCCUAUCCAAUUCCAGUAUUAGAACUGUAUUCUUCUUUCGACGAAUACGAAGAAAUAACGAUGCCUUGGCUGUUCGAAGAAACAUUCGAAGAAAUCAAACGUAGUGUAAAACUAAAUGAUCAUAAAUUAGUUGGCAUAGAAUAUGAUGCAGUGCUUGCUCAAGUACGUCUAUUUAACUCAGGCUUAUAUGAGCUAAAAGCACAGAUAUUACAAAAACGAAAUCCCACCAUACCCAAUCAACGUCGAGAAAUGUUUUCUGAAGAUGACUUAGUUGUGAUUACUAUAUUGAAUCAACCUGUGAAGAAACUCUUCGGCCUAAUACGAAGUGGUGAACGGAUUAUUGAUAAAGCACGUUUACAUAAAACGUAUCAUGAGCAUCCUGAUGUAAAGAUCAAACCACCUGUAUGGUUCUGUUAUGAAUACUACAUUCGAAUCUUUGGUCAUGGAUUUAAAAUUCCUGAUGGAUCCCAAAUAAAGAUAAAAGCAAUUACAUCAUUGACAGCAACAUUACGCCGUUUCAAAGCAUUAGCAUCGAUGCGUACAUGCCCUUUAUUCGAACAUCUAUUGAGUCCGUCAUUGACAGAUGAGGUUUUUCAGAUAACAAACACUCAACAUAAACUCAUGGAGCAAAAACACCUUCAAGCAUACAAUGAAUCUCAACGGAAUGUUAUCUCAGAAGCUGUUUCAAUGAUGCAAGAUACAAAAGAUGAUAAUCAAGCAAAGAUUUAUAUGUGUCAAGGACCACCGGGUACUGGUAAAUCCCAAACGAUAACGGGUAUUGUUCGUGCUCUUCUUCAGCCGAUGUUGGCUUCAUCGCCAACAAAUGAACAAUCAUCACCAGCAUUGUCAUCUGGUGGAUCACGGAAGAAAAUGAAAAUUUUAAUAUGUUGUCCUUCGAAUGGCGGUUGCAAUGAAAUUGUUCGUCGCUUGAUCGAUGUUUUUACACAGAAGGCAACGAAUGAGACAGCUUCGAAACUACCGUUCAAAUUAAUUCGAUGUGCACGUGGCGGUGCUAUUAGUCAAGAUAUCGAAAAUGUUUCACUUGAUACACUUGCACAAAAGCGCCUGGAAGAGGAACUAAACGCCGGUGGUGAGAAUGAAGCUAUUGGACGAAAUUUAGCAAAUAAAGAAAAGCAAAAGAAACAACUGGAACAACGAAUUGAAGCAGAAAAAAAGAGGCAAACUUCAACUGCAAAUAAUCAGGCUUCAGAAGAGUUGAAAGAUUUAGAAUUAAAUCUCAAAGAAAUCAAAGCAAGUAUCCUUAAACUACAACAAACAUGUCGAAAAACAAUGCCAGAAGCAGCACGGCGGCAACGUGAACGUGAAAUCAAAAUUGAACUUUUACAAGAUUCGGAUAUUUGUGUUUCAACUCUGAAUUACGUUGGUAAUUCGAUCUUCGAUUCAUUUUCGUCAUUGAAUAUCGAUCAAUCAUCAAUUAAACUCGAUAAAACGAAAAAAGUACAUCCGUCAACGACAUCAUCAUCAUCAUCAUCGAUCGUAUCGACGCUAUUCAAUUGUUUAAUUAUUGAUGAAGCGGGACAAUGUAUUGAAAUCGAUAACUACAUUCCACUUCGACUUGGAAUGAAUCGAAUUAUACUUGUUGGCGAUCCUGAACAACUUCCAGCGACAGUCCUUUCACGACGAGCACUUGAAGCUGGUUUAAACCAAUCGUUAUUCGAACGUCUCUAUAAAUUAUUUAAAUAUGACGUAAACAAUCCCAUUCGAAUGCUUAAUAUUCAAUACCGAAUGCAUGAUGAAAUAUGUAAAUUUCCAUCGAUGCAUAUUUAUCGAUCGAAAUUGAAAACAGAUAAAACCAUCAACCAAAAACGAAAAAAGUUUCUGUUGAAACCGUACAUGAUACUGGAUGUUGUCAAUAGUCAAGAACAAUUAGAUCCGAUUACUCAAUCGUAUGGCAAUCCACAUGAAGCAGAAACUGUUGUUUGUCUCGUGGAGUUUAUCAAUAGUCGAGCCAAAGUACCAUUCAAUCAAAUUGGUAUCAUCACUCCGUACAACUACCAAGUGAAGUUGAUUCAACAAAAACUUACCCAACACAAUCUGCAUCAACAUAAAAUCGAGAUUGGGACAGUUGAUGCAUUUCAAGGCCGACAGAAGGAUGUCAUACUUCUGUCAUGUGUUCGAGCAACACAAACUACAGAUUCUUCGACAACUACAACUGGAAUUGGUUUUGUCGCUAAUCGACAACGAUUGAAUGUUUCAUUAACUCGAGCAAAAUAUGCAAUGUAUAUCUUAGGUCACAUGACUUCACUAAAUAUCAAUGAGGAUUGGCAAAAACUCAUUACAAACGCCGUUGAACGAAAAGUUAUCCUUGAACUAACAUCAGCAAAUCAAUUUGAUGGUCUAAUCAAACGGCAACAAGAAGGACAAACACGUCCGAUGGAAACGAUGUCUACUCUUCGUUUUAUGCUGCCAUUGCGUCGUACAUUAUUAGCAGCUCGAUAUUGCCAAACAUCUCUAUCGUCCUCAUUGCGAGUGUCAAAACAAUGUGUGCCAUCGUUCGAUUUCUACUUACGUAAUUUGAUAGGAGCACAACAGAAAAAUUUCUUUUCGUCAUCAGCAAUUGUGCAUACUCAGCAUCGAAAUAGAGGUCAUUCAAACGUUACUGGAGUCGUCGAGGAAGAAGAUGACGAGGAAGAGGAUGAUGACGAGGAUGAAGAUCAAAACGACCAGGAUAAAAUAAAACAAGCAAUCCAGCAGCAUAAUCUACCAAAAGGAUAUCGAAUCAUUAUUCGACAUAUUGCUUCACUUCGUCUUGACCUCAUCUGUUCAGCGGGUACUGGUAUCGGGCGAAGUGCGAUUGAAGAUGAGUUCUAUGGUUCGAAAUUACGAGUGAAUGGCGAAAAGUCAACUAAAAAAGCACAACAAGUGAAAGAAGGCGAUGUGAUCGAUCUAGUCGUAUCACGAACCGAUGGUGCUAAAUAUAAUUCUAAACGCAUAGUUGUAUACAAAGUAUUUGCUGAAAAGUCAUUGAAAAACAAAAUAAAAGUGUGUUUAAUCGCUUGGCGAAAUGGCAUCGAAGUUGAUGGCUCGCAAUGGAGUUAA